UGGCUGCCUGCCCCGGCCUCCGCUGAGGGGUAGCUUUUUGUUGAUGGUCACCAUUCAGAUUCACUCACCACUCACGACCCUUUAUUGUCACGUUUCUUACUGUUCGCGGAGCGACAGCUUCGAUAUCAUAAGGUCAUCAUCGCUGGAGGUCGAUCGUCACCCCACUUACAAGCGCGGAAAGCUCAGACUGAGCCGCGGAGCCAGAAGUCGGCGCAUCAGCGCUCCCUGUCACACAAUGGAAGCGGCAUCUCAAGCACGCAAGGAGCGGCUAGAGGCCCUCAAGAAGAGGAGGUACGGCGGAGAUGCAGAAUCAAGUGAGAAGGCUAAACUUGGUGGUGCCGAGGGGGCAAGUAGCGCAGAAGGCGAUCAGGCCGAGGAUCUGCAGCAAAUCACGACUGCUAGAUUGGUCAGAAGCUUCCGAAAUUACGAUCGAGAGACGGGAGGUUUGAAAAAGUUCAAGUACGAUGAGAGGCCAAGGGAGACCGUCGAAGAGGAGGUGAAAGGCGUCCAAGAAGCCAUUCUGGCGAUGGAUGAGCUGAAGCGCAAAGAGGAACUCGACCUGACGAACAUCGCACCUCGCAAGCCAAAUUGGGAUCUGAAGAGGGACAUGGAAAAGAGGUUAGCCAAACUGGAAAGACGGGACAAGGAAGCCAGGCUAAUCCUCAUCAGGCAACGACUGCAAGCUGCGCAAGGUGGCGUGGACAGCGUGAGCGGCAAGAGCGUCUCUGCAGCAGCUGCUAAUGCACAACUUAGAGCUGCUGAGGCUGAGUUGGCCGCCGGAGUCGUCGGCAACGGAGCUCAACUCGACGAUGUGGAAGGGCUCGACAGCGACGAAGAUUAAUAUUUCACGUUCCCGCAUAUUCACUCCUACCAGUCUUCCUUCAACGCACAUGUACUGUAAGUUCUCCAAAAAUGGCAACUUGAUCAACAUUUCCAG